AUGCCUGAUAUGAAAUACCUUUCGAAAGUAAUACAAUUAUAUGAAAGGUUCAGAGAAGUCAAGUAUUAUUCUGACAAAGAAAUCUUAUUAUGGCUAAGACCUAAUGUAGUUAAAAAAAUGUUUGUUGUAAGGGCUUCUGCUAGUGUACACCUUCCAUUAUCACAAAUUGAUUGCCUUUUAAAAAGAGUGAGGUAA